ACUAGAUUACUCAAAAAUGCCAAAUGAGUGACCGUGUAUUCUGUAAUCAGAUUGUUGUAAAAAAAUGGCAAAAACUUACGAUUGUUUAUUCAAAUUACUUUUAAUAGGUGAUUCUGGUGUUGGUAAAACAUCUAUAUUAUUUAGAUUUUCUGAAGAUGCUUUUAAUAUAUCUUUCAUAUCAACCAUCGGUAUCGACUUUAAAAUUCGGACGAUAGACCUUGAUGGAAAAAAAGUCAAAUUACAAAUAUGGGAUACUGCGGGUCAAGAGAGGUUCCGCACAAUAACCACGGCAUACUAUCGAGGAUCCAUGGGCAUUAUGCUAGUAUAUGAUGUGACAAAUGAGAAAAGUUUUGAAAACAUAAAAAAUUGGAUAAGAAACAUUGAAGAAAAUGCAAGUGCUGAUGUUGAAAAGAUGAUACUCGGUAAUAAAUGUGACUUAGAUGAUAAAAGACAGGUAUCAAAAGAACGAGGUGAACAAUUAGCGAUAGAUUAUCAAAUUAAGUUUGUAGAAACAUCUGCAAAAGACUCAUUAAAUGUGGAAUACGCAUUUUACACUCUAGCAAGAGAUAUUAAAGCGAAAAUGGAGAAAAAGCAGGAGGCGAGCAACCCUCCAGGAGCGAGGAGUGGCGCGCAUGUGCUGCGUGCGAGUGACCAACAGCGUAAGCCGCCAUCUUGGCUGUCACGCUGCAGCUUGCUCUGACGACGCCCCGCCGCCUGCGCCGCACUCUGAGCACCCACCACGACUAUAUUUUUCGACCUACCAUUUUUAUCGGUGUGCGACAACUCCGAAUCGGGGAUCAGACUUGCUUUUUGUAUUUUUAUAUCCACGAAUUCAUUUAUCUUGAAGUGCAGUCGCACAAAGCUGGGUUAAUGGUGCAGUGUUUUUAAAAAAAAUAUUUUAGUAAUGCAAUUGAAAUAUUAUGUUGGUAAUGACAUGAUAUUUUUAAAUUAUCCAAUAUAUCAAUAAAAUUUUUAAGUUUAGAUUGAAUUGGAAAGUAUUAACUUGAGCUUCGGUGACUGCUGUUUCAUGAAACAGUAUUUUUGUCAUUAAAUUUUCUGUAAAAAAUAUAUUUUCUUUAAACAAUUAUUUUAUUAGGACAAAAUUAGUUGAUGUUACAUAAUAUGGUUCAAUGGAUAUUAUUUCAUUAAUUAGAUUAUUAGCUGUAUUUUUCUUUUCGCUAUUUUAAUUAAGAUAUAUAUUUUAAUGUAAUAU